UUCGUUUUUGGCUCGUUCCGGCGGGCGGGGCGGGUGGCAAUAAUAGGAUACUAGCGCGGGGGAGGCAAGUUGGUCGGCGCACUCAGCAAUCUGCUGUGGCUGUGCUCGCGAACCUCUUUUCGCCCGUCUGCUCCUGCCUGCCUGCCGCCCGCGAUCGCAGAUCGGGAUCUUGGAGUCAGCGCGCGCGGCAGAAAUUCUGGUUCAACACCAGCCAACUUUUAUCAAUCUAAAGAACUUGAGGACAACAGCUGUGAAGAAUUGAGUAUAUUGUUCAAAGAUGGGUACAAGAAUGCCAACCUUACGGAGACUGUCAGCCACACUGUCAUCGGUGUUGCUCGAGUGGAUCUUGAUGAUGAUGCUGUUCAUUGAUGCAGUUUAUUGCUUCUUCGUCACUAGAUUUGCCCGUCUCUGCAGAUUACCGGCACCGUGCCCUUUCUGCUCAAGGCUAGACCACAUCCUGGGUAAUGAGGAGCCAUGCUUCUACAGGGAAUUGAUCUGCAAAACUCACAAGUCAGAGAUCUCAUCUUUGGCAUUCUGCCGCCUCCACCAGAAGCUUGCAGGCGCCCGGAGUAUGUGUGAGAGAUGCAGUGACUCACUUGCUGAGACACAGGAAUCAAACACCGAUGAUAGAUCAGAUGAGCCAAUGAUGGAUAGUAAUCAAGGAAAUAGUGCUGUGUUGCAUCACGAUGUUAAGAGAAUUUGCUCAUGUUGUGCACAGCAUUAUACACAACAGAGACCAGCGAUGUUUACUCGAGCGAUCACAGAACUAGAACCUGCUGAGGCUGUUUUCUCACCAAAGAUUUGCACAGAUGAUUCCAUACUUCACCAAGUGGAUAAGUCUUUAGAUCCCAAAGAUGUUUAUCACCAGAGUGAUCACUCCACCCAUGAACGAGACAGUGUGCUGCAGAUGACAUCUGGUUCCGAGGAUGAAGCUCCAUAUGCUAACGAUGGCAAAAUUUCACACCAUCAUGAAACCAAUUGUAUGGAGGAAGACUCGCAAGAAGAUGCCACUGCCGAGAGAUUAGUUGUUUCUUCCACUUUGUUGGUCAAGUCAUCAGAAAUGAAUGUUCUGAUGGAACCCAAUGUUGCUGACUCCCAUGAUAUGUCCUCACCAUAUGUUCUUGUAGAUGAUCCUGAUAGUAUAACUGGUGGGGGCCAAAUUGAUGCAAAAGAUGUUUCAUUAGGAAGGCAGACAUGCCAGCAUGAUACCCUACCUGUUGUAAAAGAGUCAGGUUUGACAGAUGCCGAUGUUCCCGAAUUUCCAGUUGCAUCAAGUGUUGAGUCACCUCGGAAUCUUGGUUACACUGAGGCAUAUCAUGGGGCGAGUGAAAGCGCCAUUGAACCAUAUUCAUCUGAAUCCACAACACUAGAACAACACUCUGCUGUUUCAGAACACAAUAGCACAGAAGAUGAUCUGGAAGGUCACAGGCCAGAAAAUACUGUUACAUCAAGUACCGAGUUUCAUCAGAGAAGCGCAUUAAUUGAUGAUGAUUCAGUUAAUUUUCAAGAUGACUAUGUUUCACAAGUUAAUUCUAGUUAUGAAGUUGUUGAUGAAGCUGAAGAUUAUGCUAAGAAAACUGAAAAGUCUUGUAAUAUAAUAACACAUGAACCGACACUCGAAGAUCCUCCCAAUACAGCCACCAAAGAUCUGAUAGAAAAAGGUUUUCUGGAAGAAGCUCCUAUAGCACCACAUGCUAUUAGACCAAGCAGUGAAGUAUCUCAGGGUCUCAAUGUCAUUGAGGAACACCCCAAAACAAGUGCAACCAUUGGUGAGAGGAGACCAUCUCUAAGCACUCAGAUUAGCAUGAAUGAAGCCUACAAGAUUGCCAUUGGUGCCAAGAGUAGCUUGCCAUCCCCCACCUUGACUGAUGUGAUUCUUGGAAAAGACACCUCUUCUAGUGUAAAUGAAGAAUUGAGGUUACUGCUGUCACAGCUGUCAGCUUCCAGAGGGCUCGAGGCUCCGUGGAUUGACCCAGGCCCUAGCCCACGUGCAUAUGGGCGUGGCGACGAUUUAAUAGUGCAGAACAUCACAAAUAGAAUUUCAAUUGAGAGAAAUGCAUCGGGUUUGGAGUCACUAGAGGGAAGCAUUGUAAGUGAGAUGGAAGGUGAAAGUGCCAUUGAACGGUUGAGACGACAGAUUGAUCUUGAUCGGAAAUCCAUACAGCUCCUCUGCAAGGAACUGGAAGAAGAGAGGAAUGCUUCAGCAAUCGCUGCAAAUCAAGCUUUGGCUAUGAUUACCAGGUUGCAGGAUGAGAAGGCUGCAAUGCAGAUGGAAGCUUUGCAUUACCAACGGAUGAUGGAAGAACAAGCAGAGUAUGAUAGUGAUGCAUUAGCUAAAGCGAACGAGCUACUUGCUCAGAGGGAACAACAAAUAGAGGAAUUGGAAGCUGAGCUCGAUAACUAUAGGAUACAGUCCAACCAAGUCUCCUUUAAAGAAGGAAAUACUGCUGAAACUUUGCUUGAUGAAAGUGAUCUCGAAGUUCCUGUUAUUACCAUGCCAAGUGGUAUAAAUUCAUUGUUGAGUUUUGAAGAUGAGAGGGCAUAUAUAGCAAAUUGUUUGAUGAAGCUGGAGCAGAAGCUCCACUCCUACUCCAACAAUAGCGCUUCUAUUCACUUGUCAAAUUCAGAUGUCAUAGAGGAUUACCUUUCCAACAAAAUGCAAGUUGCGGAUGAUGACACACUACAAUGCCAAGAAAGCUCAAGAGAGAAAUAUGAGCCCAUUUUCUUGGCAAAAGAAGCCGAGUCUUCAGCAGCGAGCAUGGAGACUGAUCUUAGCACGCUUCAGGAGGAAAUCCUAAACUUGAACAAAAGAUUGAAGACAUUAGAAGGAGACUGCAAUUUUAUUGAGCACAGCAUAAACUCACUCAGGAAUGGCAAAGAAGGUGUGAUUUUCAUACAAGAAAUCGCUAAUAAUCUGAGAGAAUUGCGAGCAACUGCUGUUCAUAGUAAAUAAGACGUACAGGUUGAUUUUAGUUUCUUCUUACACAACUUGGUUAGGACAUCCUAUCUGUAGAGAUAUAUUGCAGAUUCCAUCCAUCAUGUGCAUCGUAUACUAGGUAUUCUGUUCUAGCUUGAGGGAAAUUGCAAAGAGAUGGCCUGUAUCAUACGCAAGUCAAAUUGUAAGUUAUGCAUUUUUUUUUUUUUUGAGCUUUGGGUUUGCUCAUAUUCUUUUUAUUGGAUUACUGAUAGACAUAUUUGUUCACCUCAAUAGCAGCAAAUGAAACAUGCUGAGUUGAAAAUGUGAAAAAACACUGAAGUGGCCGAAGGAAUCAUGUGCGUAUACAACCUGAGGUUGAGUUGAGAUAGACUUCGACGAUACCUUCAAUUUUGAAUUGCUGUACUCACGUUACUUGCACUCUGGAAGAACGCCCCAGUUCCGUUACCUUGGUAUCCAGCUAUUCAACCUGGCAACCUGCCACUGCAAAAUCACGUUCUCCUUUCCCAAUCUCUAUUACAGCUUUCUUAUGCAUGUCAGAGAAAACGA